AUGUCGACCACAGUCGCCGCCGCCCGCCCUUCGCAGGCGCUCCGCCAGCGCCGCGAAACACAGCGGCCCCGAGUCGUCGCAAAGGCAAGCAUGGAGAACGGCGCGCCCAAGGAGGACACCAAACGCCAUGUCACCCGCCCCGAGGACAUCCUCGCCAAGUUCAAUGGUCGCCCGCCCUCGCUGCGCAUCUAUCUCUACCAAAGCCACUUCCGCCUCAACGACUCCCAAGAGACGCUUUCGUACGCCUCCCCCAUGCGCGAGCUCCUCGACCAUGUCCGCCAUAAGACGGUGCCGCACAACAUGCUUGAAGAUCUCCAUGCCAUGGGAGUCCAGUUCUACGACAGCUGCCUCAUUGUUGAGGUGCACAAUUUCCGCAGUUCGGGCAUCAAGCCCAAGGAGGACACAAACAGCUCCGCCGAGGGAUCGGGCGCAGACCCCUUCUCUAUUCACAACAACAACAAUUUCAUCACCCCUUCCCCGCACGCUAUGCAUCCCGCUUUGAAGGCCAACGCUAAAGUUGAGCCCGCAGACGUACAGAAUCCCGGCGCCGACGCGAAAGCGGACAAGGACGUGGACAAGGAGAACAUGCCGGCACCUGGCCAGCCAGCGUCGCAGAAGCAGGGCAACAAGGCUAAGAUCACUACCGCCGUGCUGUUCCCAACACCUCAGUCUCACCUCGCCGAUCUCACACAGCUUGCCAAUACGCCGCUUCCAGAUGUAGCCACCCUGCGCCGAAACCAGGCGGCUGCGCGCGCCGCUGGCAACCCGCCUACCCCCCUAACAGCUGUCCCGCCCACACCUAGUGCCCUAGCGCCGGGCCGGAGUCCUAAACGACAGAAAAUGAUUUUGGAUGAGAACAACCUCCAUGAAUUUGAAUCGGCCGUUCUCAGCGAGACCUGUCCGAAGCUGUAUCUGGAACCAACGAAGAGCUUCGGAGACACUCUUGCGCUCAUGGAGGCCAAUACUCACCCGAAUAACCAGCAUUCGCCCCCGGCACGGAAAACACGCAAACGGACCACCGCCGAGUUGGCCGCGGACGAAGCUGAGGCUGCCGAUAUGCAGCGCUACAUGCUUGCAGGCGACGAGCAUCAAGCCAGCAACACCACGGCAGCGGCAGGCGGAGACGAGAGCCAGCAUGCUGUUCGUGCGGGCGCCAAUCAGCAGACCUUCUCACGCUUCAAGACCCUGGCGGCUAUCAAGACUAACCAUGAGGAAGCUGAGCGGAGGAAGAAGGAAGAGGAGGCACGACAAGCCCAGGUCAAGAGACAGGCUCAGCAAGACGCGGCGGAAGUGGCUAAACGCCGUGAGCUGGAAGCCAGCCAUCAAGCUGAGCAGCAGAAUGCUGCCUCCGCUAUGCUGCAGAAGAAACAGGAAGCUAUGGCACGACAGCAGCAACAGCAGCAGCAGCAGCAGCAGCAGCAACAAGCACUCGCGAUACAGAUGGCCAAUGCGAAUGCUCAGGUGUCGCAGCCACUAUCCGCAACCCAGCCACAAUUUUCUUCUCCCGUUGUCCGCCAGCAAACGCCCAUGGCCGCUGCAGCCUCACCUCUGAACCAAGUCCAUGCCACGCAUCCAAUGGGUGGCACGCCAAUGGUUGCUACAUCGUCAAACCACGCGGCCGGUAGUCCUGCUCGACCACCUUCGGCUAUAUCUCAUCAUCCCAACGCGAUGGCGCGUACUGUCAGUCAGCAGCAGCACCAGAACUUGAGUCGUACUGGAACGCCACAAAUCCUGCAAGGAACCCCAGUUAUGAACCCUUCUAUGCCAGCCCGAAACAUUUCUUCUACACCCACGCCUCGGAUGAACAACCAGGGAAGCCCGAAUAUGCCUGUGCCAGGAGCUACGCCAAUCAUGAUGCACACCCCUCAGCCCGGUCAGAACAUGACUCCCGAACAAAUGCAAUUUCUUCAGACUCAAAACGUACAGAACCAGCUGCGCGCUCAAGGCAUGCAGCAGGCAAAUAUAUCUCCCAGCAACCAUCAGCAAUUUCAACAGGCGGCUUUCCAACGAGCCAACAUGCAUAUCCAGGCAAACGGUGUCCCUCAAGGUCAGAACCCUCAGCAAUACAGACAAGUGCUGGCGUCAAGAUUCUAUCAGCAAUUGCAGCAGCAACAGCAGCAGCGUAUGGCAGCGAACAUGUCACCCCAGGGGAUGCCCCAGGCUGGAACUCCCAAUGCUGGCCAAACGCAGCUUGCUAAUCUGAACCUGCAGCAACUACGCCAGCAAUACACUACACGCAAGCAGCAGCUCUUACAGACCUUUGGUCAAAACGUGCCCCAUCAGCAUCUGGUACAAAUGAACCAAAUGGAAGCAGCCAUCAGGCAGAGGGAAGCUCAGGUACAACAACAACAACAACAACAGCAGCAGCAGCAGCAGCAGCAGCAACAGCAGCAGCAACAGCAGCAGCAACAGCAGCAACAGGCAAUGACUCAGUCCGGCCAGAUGAACAUGCAAGGCAUGCCCAAUCACAUUAACAUGCAAGGUGGCGGCAACCCACAAGCCUCGGUUCAAAUGCAACAAUACCAGCAAAUGCUCCAGCAGCAGCGAGCUCAACAACAGCGACAGAACCAAAUCAUGCAAAUGAGACAGCAGGCGAUGCAGCAGGGUGGACAGAUGAACAUGAAUAAUAUGCCGGCGGGUUUCAAUGUUAACAACAUGGGCAAUAUGGGCAAUGAACCAGGGUAA